AUGUGCAUGGUCUGUGAGAAGUGGUUCUGUAAUGGACGUGGAAACACAGCGGCAAGUCAUGUUAUCUUACAUUUGGUCCGAUCACAGCACAAAGAACUUAUUUUGCACAAAGAUGGUGCACUCGGUGAAACGGUCCUCGAAUGCUAUCAGUGCGGCUCAAAGAACAUAUUUAUGUUGGGAUUUAUUCCUGCAAAGUUGGAUACAGUAGUUGUGGUGUUAUGUCGAAACCCAUGCGCAAAUAUUGCUGUUCUCAAGGAUCGUUCGUGGCAGGUGGAUGACUGGAAGCCUCUUGUAUUCGAUCGGCAGCUGCUGCCGUGGCUAGUGAAAGUGCCAACUGAGCAAGAGAUGUUGCGAUGUCGUCAGAUUACUGCUGCACAAGUCGGCCGACUUGAGGAACUUUGGAAGGAAAACCCGAAGGCCGUUUUUGAGGAUCUUGAGAAGCCCGGGAUGGACUUGGAGCCUGAUGCGGUACAGCUGAAGUACGACGAUGCUUAUCAGUACAGACGUAUUUUCGAACCUCUGGUAGCAGCAGAGGCUGAUUACGAUCGACGAGAAAAAGAAUCGCAAACGCAGAGUGUUGGGCACGUACGCUGGGAUAUUGGCCUGAACAGAAAACCACAGGCAUUCUUCCAUUUGCCAAAAUUCUCGGAAGGAACAAUGAAACUGAUGUUGGGCGAUGAGCUACGUCUGAAGCAUUCACAAACGGCGGGCACUGACUGGUGCUGCAUCGGAAGUGUCAUCAAAGUUCCGGACAGUAUGUCUUUUCAGGGUUUCAUUCAUUUUUUGUUAGAAGCAGCUAGCUGUUAA